AUGAUUAUUUCAACACUAUUACUCAAAAUUUCCGGAACAUUUUCAACAGAAAAAUUUAUAGGAAUCGGUCACUUCAUUGUUGGUGAUAAGGAAGGAGGAGUACAAGCACUAAAGGAUUCAGUAAAGAUUGGAGCAGUUGCAGUUACAGUCAUUGGAGGAGCGGUUGGUGGAAUGGUAAUUACCUCAGGCGAUGGGAAGUUCAACGCUAAAGAACGUGCAGACGCCGCCAAAGGAAUUGGCCAGAUAGUAUCUGAUAUUUGGAAUUGGUGA